AUGGCGCCAUUGCUCAAGCGGGUCCGAAAACUGUUGCCGCUCUGGAAGCAGGUCCUCCGAAGCACCAGGAACCUCGAGGCGCUCUUUGCGGACGGCGAGGUAAAGCCUUCGCUGCUACAUGGAGACCUCUGGAACGGCAACAUGGCAGGUAGUCCGAUGGGGCAGCCACCCGCCCUUUUCGAUCCCGCGGCCUACUUCGGCCACUCCGAGGCAGAGUUCGGCAUGGCUUGGUGCGCCGACUUCGAUGAGAAGUUUUGGCAAGGUUACAGGUCGAUCAUGCCGGAGGCACCAGGCUUCCGAAAGCGACAGCCGCUCUAUGAGGCCUACCACAAGCUGAACCACUACUGCCUCUUUCAGGAGAGCCGCUACCUUUCGAGUGCCGAAGCCCUCUUGAAGAAGCUGCUCUGA